UGGUAGCACUGCCACACUGACACAAAAUCAGACAUGGCGCGCCUUACCAAGAUCCCGCAAGUCUUGAAUAUUUUCCUAUAUUCUUGUGUAUUUUUAUGUUGUUUUACUAAAUUAGCGAGUGCAAAUGUUGACUUAGAUGAAGAUAAUUGGCGGCAGAUCCUCGAUGGAGAAUGGAUGGUUGAAUUCUACGCGCCAUGGUGCCCGGCCUGCAACGCGCUCGCGCCGGCGUGGAAGGAGCUGGCGAACAUUGCAAAGAGCAAGAAUCUAGGGCUCAGAGCGGGCGCCGUGGAUGUCACCAAGGCGCCCGGCCUGAGUGGGCGAUUUGUGGUCACCGCACUGCCUACCAUAUACCAUGUAAAGGACGGCUUGUUCCGGCAGUACAAGGGCCCUCGCGACGCAGGUUCCAUGCUCGACUUCGUGGAGAAGGGCCGUUGGAAGAACACUGAAGCGGUACCUGCGUGGAAGGCGCCGGAUUCCAUGCAGAUGGGACUCGUUGCACAUUUCUUUAAGCUCAGCCAGGCUUUGCGGGGAGUGCACAACAUGCUGAUGGAGACAUACGGCCUGCCCACAUGGGGCUCUUACCUCAUCUUCGCAGUGGCCACCAUUUUCAUCGGAGCCCUCCUUGGACUGAUCCUAGUGUGUAUUAUCGAUAUGCUGUAUCCACCACGAAGACCAGACAAGGUCCUGAUCAGCCGCGCGGAGGCUGAGAAGCGACGCGACCAGGACGGGAAGAAGUCUGAUGAUGAAGCGGAGCUGAUCAAUGACGACAUAGUGGACGACGCGGAGAACGCUCCGAACAGUGACGCCGAAAAGAACUCUCCUAGUGAUACAUCGGAAGACGAGGCGAAGUCAGGCGCAGGCGACGAGCCGCGCAGCGACGGGCAGGAGGUGCGCAAGCGCAGGCCGCGCAAGGCUGACUAGACACACACCCCCCCCCCCCCCCCCCCCACCCACACACACACACACACACACACACACACACAUAGUUCACGAUUCCCGUGCACAUAUAAUGACGUAUUACACAGUACUACAGUGCGCGCAGAAGAAAUAGUCCAACCAAUGAAUCU